AUGUACGCCUUUUCCUCUCUGGUCAUUGCCACUCUAGGCCUCUUCGCUAACGCGACCUUCGCUUUGCCUGCUUCCUUCAUCGCGGCAAAGGCUUCCUCCUCUUCUAGCCUCCCGACCAAGAAGUCCCUCUACGUCGAUGGCAAGCACAUUCCCGGCAUCAGCAAGAUGACCGGAGACCUCGGCGCUUCCUAUGCUGGUCUUUUGCCGGUCACUCCCGAUGCCAGUGACAAUGACAAAUUCUUCUUCUGGUACUGGCCCACAGAUCGCACUGCUGGAAAGGACGACGUCGUCAUCUGGCUCAACGGUGGACCCGGAUGUAGCAGUCUGGAAGGCGUCUUUGGCGAGAAUGGACCCAUGACACUCACAGAGCCAACCAAGGACGUCUACAAGGCGACGAGAAACCCUUACUCCUGGCAUCACCUGAGCCAUGUCCUAUACGUUGAGCAGCCGGUGUCCGUGGGCCUGGGAAGCGGCACGCCGGGCAUCGUCGAUGAAGUGGGAGUCGCCACAGAGUUCUACGGCUUCCUUCAGAAUUUCUACAAAACGUUUCCAGAAUUGAAGUCGAAGAAGCUAUGGCUGACCGGCGAGAGCUACGCAGGCAUGUACAUCCCUUACAUGGCCGACUACAUCUACCAGCAGAAUGAUACCCUCAAUCUCCAGGGCUUUGCCGUCAGUGACCCUUCUAUUGGCAACACAAUGUUCGGACAGGACGUUCCUGCUUUAGCGUUUGCCAGGGCCAAUCAAAAGACUCUCAAGCUCAACAGAACACAAAUGACUGCUCUUGAGGAGGCUGCUGAAAAGAAUGGGGUCACCAACUUCCUGCGAGACCAUCUUGUCUUCCCACCCAGGGCCAAGAUCUAUGCACCACAGCAGCUCCAGCCCGGCUCUCUUUUCAACGACCUAUGGCACUACUCUACGGUCCAGAACCCGUGCAUUUCCGUCUACUACAUCGAUGACCAGUGCCCUGCCGAUCUCGAUCCGUUAGGGUUCCCCCUCGACUCGACCACGGGCGCUUCGACCCGCAACUUCAUCAAUCGUACACCUGGCUUCAAGAAGUACGUUCAUGCUGAUCCAAAGACGUCGUGGGUGGAGUGCACAACCAACAACGUCUUUGCCGGUAACGGCGAAGACAAUUCGCUUGCCCCAGCCGACUCGGAGCUGUUGGGCCGCGUGAUCAACAAGAACCAGCGUACGGUCAUUCAGCAUGGACUCAGGGACAUGGUCCUCAUGGCCAACGGCACCCUGCUGGCCAUCCAGAAUACGACUUGGUCAGAUGCCGGCAGCGGAGGCACUUCAAGUGCGCUGCAGGGCUUCCAGGACAAUUUCUUUGCCAGAACGGGCAACUUGAAGGUCAAUGGCAAGAGCACCGGUCAGUACAUUACCGAGAGGGGCUUGACCUUUGCCACGGUCGACAAGGCGGGCCAUAUGGUGCCUACCUUCACCCCAGCCACCGCUUACAAGCUUCAAAAGUACCUCUUGGGUCAGAUUGCCGAGACUGACCUGGGAACAUAA